UGGGGAACCCAGGAAGAGGAAGGGGCGGAGCUGCCUUGCAGCUGGGACGCGGAGCCGUCAGCCGACUGCCCCCGGGGUUCGUCGGCAGUCCCUGGCGCCGCCCGGCGCUUUGAGAACCAGCCAGGGCCGAGGCCAGCGGGACCCGGACGGGCGAACCAGCUCUAGGAAGCCGGGCAAUGCUCCGUCACGGAGUAUCUCUCGACCGGGGCCACCCCAGGUCCGGCCCGGAGCAGGAAUCGGACCGGACCCGAGGGUCCCCCAGACUGAGGUUCCUGUGGAUGGGCCUGCCUCUGGCUCUGGCGCUGGUUCUCUGGGCCCCGGUCGGGGCCCACCCUCUUCCCAUCCAAAGCCAACCCUCCGGUCGCUUAGUUCCCCAGCUCCGUGACGCCUUUGGGUGGUGGAACCUCACCUGCCCAGUUUGCAAAAGUGUGUUCACUGCUAUUGACUUCGGGCUGAAGAAGGAGUCCAGUGUGGCCUGGGUGGGCUCCGUUGCCACCAAGCUCUGCAAACUGCUGAAGAUAGCACCACCCACUGUGUGCCAGUCAACUGUCCAGCUCUUUCAAGAUGAUAUGGUGGAGGUGUGGACACGCUCAGUGCUGAGCCCAUCUGAGGCCUGUGGUCUGCUCCUGGGCUCCACUUGUGGGCACUGGGACGUCUUCUCAUCUUGGAACAUCUCUUUGCCGGCUGUACCAAAGCCGGCCCCACAACCACCCAAGCCCCCAGCCCCAGGCGCCCCUGUCAGCCGCAUCCUCUUCCUCACUGACCUGCACUGGGAUCAUGACUACCUGGAGGGCACAGAUCCUGACUGUGAGAACCCACUGUGUUGCCGCCGGGAUUCUGGCUUGCCACCUGCCUCCCGCCCAGGUGCUGGAUACUGGGGCGAAUACAGCAAGUGUGACCUGCCCCUGCGGACCCUGGAGAGCCUGUUGAGCGGGCUGGGCCCUGCCGGCCCCUUUGAUAUGGUGUACUGGACAGGAGACAUCCCUGCCCACAAUAUCUGGCACCAGUCACGUCAGGACCAGCUUCGGGCCCUGACCACCGUCACAGCCCUUGUGAAGAAGUUCUUGGGGCCAGUGCCUGUGUACCCUGCUGUGGGCAACCACGAGAGCACACCUGUCAAUGGCUUCCCUCCCCCCUUCAUAGAGGGCAAUCACUCUUCCAGCUGGCUCUAUGAGGCAAUGGCCAAAGCAUGGGAGUCGUGGCUGCCUCCUGAGGCCCUGCACACCCUCAGAAUUGGGGGGUUCUAUGCCCUUUCCCCACGCCCUGGCCUCCGCCUCAUCUCUCUCAAUAUGAAUUUUUGUUCCCGUGAGAACUUCUGGCUCUUGAUCAACUCCACAGAUCCUGCUGGACAGCUCCAGUGGCUUGUGGGGGAGCUCCAGGCAGCAGAGGAUCGAGGAGAUAAGGUACAUAUAAUUGGCCACAUUCCCCCAGGGCACUGCCUGAAGAGCUGGAGCUGGAAUUAUUACCGAAUUGUAGCCAGGUAUGAGAGCACCUUGGCUGGUCAGUUCUUUGGCCACACCCACGUGGAUGAGUUUGAGAUAUUCUAUGACGAGGAGACCCUGAGCCGGCCACUGUCUGUAGCCUUCCUGGCACCCAGUGCCACCACCUACAUCGGCCUUAAUCCUGGUUAUCGGGUCUACCAAAUAGAUGGCAACUAUCCGGGGAGCUCUCAUGUGGUCCUAGAUCAUGAGACCUACAUCCUGAACCUGACACAGGCUAAUAAGCCAGGAGCCACACCACACUGGCAGCGUCUCUAUAGGGCUCGAGAAACCUAUGGGUUGCCCAACGCACUGCCUGCCGCCUGGCAUGACCUGGUGUACCGCAUGCGAGGUGACACGCAGCUAUUCCAGACCUUCUGGUUUCUCUACCAUAAGGGCCACCCCCCUUCAGAGCCCUGUGGCAUGCCCUGCCGCCUGACUACUCUGUGCGCCCAACUCUCAGCUCGCUCCGAUAGCCCUGCUCUAUGUCGCCAUCUGGUGCCGAAUGGAAGCCUCCCUGAUGUCCAGAGCCUGCAGCCAAGUCCAUCUUUCUGCUAGGACUCCCAAGGCCCAGAUUUGGGAAAGUGCAAAUCUUAGAAAAGGUGCAAAAACUCCAGAGGACGGCCAUGGUAAGAAGAGUGUCUGGUGGAAAACCCUGUCCCUGGGCCCCAAGCACACUGGGGAAACAGGACCUUCUUUCAUGGAGCUGGUUUGGCAAGAUAUAGGAGAGGGCAGCUGCUCUACCUGUGCCCAGCAUCUAAGCUGCCCUGGGACUACUGCCUUUCAUCACUGUGGAGCAAAGGUCUAAGUUGGUACUGCCCCAGCAGACCACACAGGAGCUGUCACCCCAGGCCUGUGCUGGCCAGUCAGGAACCCUGUACUGCUGCUGCUGCCUGGUGGUCAGGCUGUUAAAAUAAAGAUAAGAGACUAGGACUCCAGA